AUGGCACCGGGACUUUUAAACACUCCAGCUCCAGCUCUUCCAGGGAGUGAGCUUGCAUCACUUGCUGCUGUUACCUCUAACUGGGACGAUUCUGUCCAAUUUUACCUGAAUGGCACGAAAGUAGUGAUCGAUUCCAUUGAUCCGGAGAUUACUUUGCUUGAAUAUCUUCGAGGCAUUGGUCUUACUGGCACGAAGCUUGGAUGUGCCGAGGGGGGCUGUGGAGCUUGUACAGUUGUCGUAUCGCAAUAUAAUCCAACAACAAACAAAAUUUACCAUGCUUCUGUGAACGCCUGUCUUGCGCCCUUGGUUAGCGUGGAUGGAAAGCACGUUAUCACGGUGGAGGGGAUUGGUGACAGCACAAAACCACACCCGAUCCAGGAGCGCAUUGCAAAGUUUCAUGGUUCACAAUGUGGUUUCUGUACACCGGGAAUUGUCAUGAGUCUCUACGCACUUGUCCGGAACAACCCGGAACCUACAGCUCAUGACGUUGAAGAAGCCUUCGAUGGAAAUCUCUGCCGAUGCACUGGAUAUCGACCAAUUCUCGACGCAGCUCAAACUUUCAGCGUAGAAGCUGGGUGCUCAGAAGCAUCAAAAAAACAGAACUCGGCUCCGGGUGGUUGCUGUAUGCAGAGCACAGACGGGACACUUCCAGCUGGGUGCUGUAAGAAUAAAUCAGCGUCUGGGCUUGAGGACAUCCCAGUAAAGAAAUUUACGCCACCGGGUCUCAUCGAGUACAAGCCUGAUACAGAACUGAUUUUCCCACCGGCUUUGAGGAAACAUAAAUUCAAAGCCUUGGCUUUUGGCAAUAAGCGUAAGAGAUGGUUUAGGCCAGUUACUUUAGUGCAGCUUCUUGAAAUCAAACAUGCUCUACCGUCCGCAAAGGUUAUCGGCGGAUCCACAGAAACUCGGAUUGAAAUUAAGUUCAAGGCCAUCCAGUACACUGUUUCUGUCUAUGUCGGCGAUAUUCCAGAUCUCCGACAUUUCUCAUUCGAAGAUGAUCAUCUCCAUGUUGGUGCAAACAUCACAUUGACAGACCUUGAGGGCGUGCUCAAGCAAGCUAUUGAGAAAUAUGGCCCUUCGAAAUCUCAACCAUUCAACGCUAUGCUGAAGCAGCUGGAGUACUUUGCUGGUCGCCAAAUCAGGAAUGUGGGGACUCCUGCGGGUAACCUUGCUACCGCUUCACCCAUAUCGGAUCUUAAUCCUGUGUUCGUUGCUACGAGAAGUACUCUGAUAGCGCAGUCUUUGGAGGAUGGUGAGAUGGAGCUGCCAAUGUCUGAGUUUUUUAAGGCAUAUCGAACCACAGCUUUACCGGCAAACGCGGUACUCAAGAGUAUCCGGGUGCCCAUCGCAAGCGAGAAAGGCGAAUUUAUUAGGGCUUAUAAGCAGGCAAAGCGGAAAGAUGACGAUAUAGCGAUUGUCAACGCUGCUCUUCGAAUUUCUCUCAGUGACGACAAUGUCGUUGAAUCUGUGAAUCUAGUAUAUGGCGGCAUGGCACCAACGACGAUCGAAGCCAAGAAGGCAAUGUCUUAUCUGGUCGGAAAAACAUGGGGCGAGAAGGAGGUCUUGGAAGGGACGAUGAAUGCUCUUGAGCAAGACUUCAAUUUGAGGUUUGGAGUACCGGGUGGAAUGGCAGUUUAUAGAAAAUCAUUGGCGCUUGGAUUCUUUUACAGGUUCUGGCAUCAAACUGUUGGCAUUCUGACCGGUGAUGUUGAAGAGGAAUUAGUACACGAGAUUACCAGAAACAUCUCUUCCGGAGAGAGGGAUCAGGAUAGCACUCUUGCGUACGAGCAAAGAGUGCUCGGGAAAGGCGUGCCUCAUGUAGCUGCAAUGAAGCAGGUUACUGGAGAAGCACAGUAUACGGAUGAUAUGCCAAGGCACACCAACGAAUUAUACGGAUGUUUGGUUCUUAGCACAAAAGCACACGCAAAGAUUUUAAGCGUCGAUAGCGAACCAGCAUUCGAUAUUCCUGGUGUACGCGCGUGGGUAGAUCAUCGGGAUCUGGAAAGUCCAGAGUUGAAUUGGUGGGGUGCUCCCAUGUGUGAUGAGGUGUUUUUUGCCGUCGAUGAGGUUCACACACACGGACAGCCUAUUGGUAUGAUCCUAGCGGAUUCUCAACAGCAAGCUUCUCUUGCUGCAAGAUCUGUUAAGGUGGAAUAUGAAGAGCUCCCGGCAAUCCUUACAAUUGAGGAAGCCAUUGAGAGGGAAAGUUUCUUCGAACACUAUAGGUACAUUAAACAAGGAGAUCCUAUCGAAGAAGCGAUGAAGACGGCAGAUCAUGUAUUUACGGGGGUGGCGAGGAUGGGUGGCCAGGAGCAUUUCUAUCUCGAGACAAAUGCAUGUCUCGUGGUACCCAAGUUGGAAGAUGGCGAGAUUGAGGUUUAUAGUAGUACUCAAAACCCUACAGAAACUCAGACAUAUGUCGCUCAAGUUACUGGUGUUCCGGCAAAUCGCGUUGUUGCAAAGGUGAAGCGUCUUGGUGGUGGUUUUGGUGGCAAAGAAACAAGAUCGGUUCAACUUGCAGCAAUAUGUGCUAUUGCAGCAAAGAAGACCAAGCGGGCAGUCCGAUGCAUGCUGAAUCGGGAUGAGGAUAUGAUGACUUCCGGACAACGACAUCCAUUCAUGGCACGCUGGAAGGUUGGCGUCAACAAUGAUGGAAAACUUGUGGCCCUUGACGCCGAUGUUUUCUGUAAUGCCGGAUGGUCACAGGAUCUUUCCGGCGCCGUGUGUGACAGGUCAUUAUCACACAUCGAUAAUUGUUACAAAAUCCCAAGCGUAGAUGUCCGAGGAAGGUUAUGCAAAACAAACACGAUGUCGAAUACCGCUUUCAGGGGCUUCGGUGGCCCUCAAGGGAUGUUUAUCGCUGAAUCGUAUAUGGAAGAAAUUUCAGACAAGCUAGGAAUUCCAGUACACAAACUUAGAGAACUGAACAUGUAUAAAGAAGGGCAAACUACACAUUAUAACCAAGAAUUGAAGGAUUGGCAUGUUCCAAUGAUUCUUGAUUCUCUCAAGACAGAGGCAGAUUUCGAAAAACGUCGUCAGGAUGUCGAUGAAUUCAACAAAACCCAUAAAUGGAAGAAGAGGGGAUUAUCCUUGAUACCCACCAAGUUUGGUAUAUCUUUUACGGCAAUAUUCCUUAACCAAGCUGGUGCCUUAGUUCAUAUCUAUCACGAUGGUUCAAUUCUCGUUGCUCACGGAGGCACUGAAAUGGGUCAGGGUCUCCAUACGAAAAUGGUCAUGGUUGCAGCGGAGGCACUAGGUGUUCCUAUGGAUGCUGUUUUCAUCUCAGAAACAUCAACAAAUACCGUGGCAAACACGUCAGCUACGGCGGCAUCAGCAUCUAGUGACCUGAAUGGUUAUGCUGUUUACAAUGCUUGCCAACAACUCAACGAACGUCUUAAGCCCUAUCGUGAGAAACUUGGAGACGCAACCAUGAAAGAUCUUGCACACGCAGCGUACUUUGAUCGGGUUAAUUUGAGUGCAAAUGGUUUCUACAAAACACCAGAUAUUGGAUAUGUCUGGGGCCCAAAUAUUGGCCAAAUGUAUUUCUAUUACACACAAGGCGCAGCGCUCGCAGAGGUGGAAAUCGAUACACUGACAGGAGACUGGACAUGUCUAAGAGCGGAUAUCAAGAUGGAUAUCGGAAGGAGUAUCAAUCCUGCCAUUGAUUAUGGUCAGAUUGAGGGGGCCUUUGUGCAGGGACAAGGACUUUUCACAACAGAGGAAUCAUUGUGGAUGAAUAAUGGACAACUGGCAACUAGGGGGCCUGGAAAUUACAAGAUUCCUGGAUUUAGAGAUAUCCCACAAAUCUUUAACGUUAGCAUGUUAAAGGACGUUGAGUGGAAGAAUUUACAAACCAUUCAAAGGAGCAAGGGUGUCGGUGAACCGCCCUUGUUCAUGGGUAGCUCAGUAUUCUUUGCGAUCAGAGAUGCUCUCAAGGCAGCUAGAGCUGACCACGGGUGCACGGAGGUUCUGAAUUUGAUUUCACCAGCAACGCCUGAACGAAUAAGACUUUCGUGUGCGGAUGAUAUUAUCAAGAGGAGCUAUGUUAAGCCUGAAGAAGGCGAAAAGGGUUUCUUUGUUAGUAUUUAA